AUGGCAAACCCAACUUCAACACUCCAUCUUCGUCCUGCGACAAAAGCCGACGUCCCUUCUCUGGUUGGGCUGUGGUACGCGUGCUUCUUCCAGUAUGGAACUAUCGCGAGGUUAUUCCCCGACACCGAGGCGGUGAGGAAUUGGUAUAGUGAUGGUUUUGAGUUAUGUAUUGAAGGGAAGGGAGAGAAUGGGGUGAGUAUUAUGGUUGGUGUUGAGAGUCUGGAUGGUGGUGAGAAGGAGGAGGUUGUUUCGUAUGUCAAGGUUGGUGGUUUCUCCUCUCUUCUUUCGUAGAUAACAGUGAACUUUGAGAGGAGAUCAAUAUUCUCUUAUACAGUAUCCUUUAUCAAUUUCACGUCCAUUGUUUUCUUAAGUCACCUUCCAAUGUGAAUAUCAUCAAAGUAAUACGAAAACUAACACCCUUCCCUACACAGUACAUGACCGAACCUCCAACCCACAUCAGAAAAUGGCAAGAAACAUGGGGCAUCAUACCCCCCAAUUCAGGCCUAGACGAGCAAGCAAUCGAAGACGACUUCUUCGCCCCAAUGGCUAGACAACACGCUAUAGUCAUGAAAGGGAUAGAGCACCUAUGCAUGUCACCCCGCUUUCCCAUAGCCCCAUUCCUCUAA